AUGCCACGCCCCGACGUCGACCGACCGGCCGGCCUCGACGCGCGGCGGCUAGUCGCCUUCAAGGCCUGCGUCGACGAACUCUCUCGGCUGAGCGCCGGCCGCGGCGAGGACGGCGCACUUCUCGCUCAGAUCAGCCACGACGGCGCAGUUGGCCUCAGCUCGGUCUCCAAGCGCUCUGACGCGGCGCAGCUGCUGAUCGAGUGCCGCUACCGCGAUGAGUGGCGUCAGCAGCGUUGCGCGAGCGCCCUCGCCUCCAUCGGUGCUGAGCGGGACGCAGCCGUGGUUGAGAGAAUGUGCGAGUACGUUGGUGCGCUUUCGCCAGACGGCGCCGAGCCCGGGGCGGCUCCUAAAAAGUCGAAUCAGAGCGCCACGCCGCAAACACGGCGCUUCUCGCCGCCCAAGCAACAGCAGCAACAGUGGCAGCGAAUCUUCGCGUCGCUGGUGCACGCGGACCAGGCGGCCGAGCAGGCUGUGAUCGCGGCCGAGGCGGAUGGGCUCGGGCGGGGCAGAACACCGCCGGAGGAAUACCUCGCGGUAGUGGCUGGGCAGCAAGCGUGCUGCUGCCUGAACAGCGGCGUGGGCGGAAGCAGCCUCCUCCCGCAGCUGCACUGCCUGGUGCACGACCUGCCCGCGAGCCUGCUCUGCCUGGCGGCGGCGCUGUUGCUCCUCGCGGAGCCGCUCCAAUUGCUGCUCAAGGCGCUCCGCUUGCUCCUCCCGCGUCGCGGCACGGGCUGGGACGGUGCAACCGCCACUGCAACCAAGCGUUUGGCCGGCUUCACGACCUCGGCAGUCACCACGCUCCGCCCGCGCUUGGUCGCGUUGCCGUGCGGUGGCUGA